AUGGACACCUCCAUCCAAUCAGGUGCGCACCCCCUGAAAUCUGCAUGUCCAUUCAGUAAUAUUGCCGCAGUAAAUGGGACAGUCUGUCGGGAUGAGCCCGGGAAUACGAACAUAAGGCCAAAGCGAGCUGCGAUUGCUUGCACCGAAUGUCGUCGGCGUCAGGUCAGGUGCGCGUCAUCCAGCAAUCCGUCGAGAUGCCGACGUUGUGAAAAGAUGGAUUUGACCUGCACAUUUGUUCGUAACUCGGCAUACAGGACAACGGCUAUCCCGCAAGCAGAUGCGUUGGGUGAACGAUGGUCUUCUCUCUCUCAACAGCAGGGCCAGACCCCUUCAUCAUACGUGCUCCCCAGAAACGACGACCUCAUCACUGGUGAAGGGUCCGUGCUGCCUGGCUAUGCGACCGAGGCUGUCUAUCCUGCUCCCCUCUUCUCAAGUACUGGAGUUGAACGUACCCACUUCCAGGUCGACUGGUACGGUGGUGUACCAUCGUCUCAAUCCUAUAACCUAGCACCGACGCACAAUGACUUCCACUAUGAGCCUCCUACCCACCACAACCCGUCCGCACUGUUUACCAACGGUCAAUCUUCACUGAUUGAGCCAGCUUACCCACUUUACUACCCUCAAACCUGUCAGCCGGCAUCCUACGGAUCAGCACAACCAACUCAUACUUCCCCUUGGGUUAUAACAGCUGAGCUGGAAGGAAGUCUGUCAAGAAGUGCAUAUGAUGAGUGGCCAUCAGGAGCCUCUACGGCAAUCGUCGCACCAGACAACGAUUACAAUGGAUCUUACGGAGGCAAUCACCAGGUUUAA